AUGGUAUAUAAUCUAUUUGAGUUUCUUAAGAAGGUGUCUUCUUCAGGGAAGAUUCAUAUACCAGACAAGCCGAUAGAAAACAAUCUUCCUUUUCCAAUUGCUUUAGAAAUAUCUGUGCAAGAUUAUAACUCUUUCAUUGAAAAACACGAGUCAAAAAGCGGAUAUAAACUUGAAUAUCGAAAAGGAACUGUAUGUAUAGUCGAUAUGUGCUCAAAUGAACAUGAGGCUGUUGUUGAUUCAUUGAGUAAAUCCUUCCAUGCCCACGAUGGUACUUACGCUGAUUAUAAUGCUCCAAUACAAGUUCGUGGUACGCCAUUACAUCUCUCACCAGAUGGAGUUCGCAAUGAACCAGAUGUCGCCGUUUUUCCGCAUAAAACUUUCGUUCCACCUCCCCCAAACCCUCACCCCGGACCACCUCCCAGCGAUAUAAGGGGAAAUCCCUAUGCAAGGAUAAUUUGUGAGAUUGCUGUAUCUCAAGAUUCCUCCGACUUAAAGACUAAGUGUCGCCUUUGGAAACGGCAAACAUACGUUCGAUCUAUCCUAGGCAUCAAACUAUAUGAUCCGCUGGCUACACGCAAUACACAAGGAGAUCGAAAUCGUGCAAUGAAGGCUAUUCUUUGGAGACAAGGAGCUCCAAAACAAAAAUGGCAUUUCGGAACCGUAAACAAAGACGGAACUGCCACUGGCUGUAAUGCACCAGGAAUCGCCAACUAUAUAAUCACGAUCCCCGUUAGUGAUGUAUUUUAUGAUCCUGCGAUUCCCGCUGAUCCAGCAGUUCCUGGAGAUACUGGAUACACACCAUUACCCCCUCCUCCUGCAACAUUAAUGGGUGCUAAUUUUACAAUCGACUUGUACACCAUUCAGCAAAUGGUUUUACUCAGUCAAGCGAA